CAACUGCUUCGUCUUCUAUUAAAGAUGCAAUUGCCCAAGCUAGGUUAAAAAAAGCAACCAACAAAUCUCCUGCAAAGAAAGAAGAACAAGAAAUUGGUGCCAAAAGUUUAAAUGUAAUAGUUAAGCAGGCAAAAUCUUCAGGUCGUAUAAACGUCUCACAUCGAUCUCUUAAAGCAAUUCCGGAAGAAGUAUGGAGGAUGUAUGAAAUUGAUCCAAAAAGUAUUACUAUUGAUUUUAGCGGUGGAGGUUCAGAUGUGUGGUAUGAAACAGUUGACCUUGUAAGAUUGGUGGCAGCAGAUAAUCAGAUCGAAGUAAUUGAUAAACGAAUCGCAGAAUUUAAUGCUCUCGUUUUCAUCGAU